UCAGACGGUUGCACGAACGACGUGUGAUCGCCCGAUCAGUUUUGAAUUUUUUUUCAAUCGACGAAGCAAUCGGCCCCGUCGAAUCGAUCCAGCAGUGAAACCUCUUUCAGGCUGAAUCGCAGCGAUUUGUACAAAAGGCGAGUCGGGAUUGUGUGCGGUUUCGGUUUUCCGGUUAUUUCGUCGCCCCAUCGCUCGUUGAAGUUACCCCCAGGGUUGCAGGAAUGGCGGCUGUCGCGGCGGCACAGAAGAAUCGCGAGAUGUUCGCUAUCAAGAAGUCCUACAGCAUCGAGAACGGCUACCCGGCAAGAAGAAGAUCUCUCGUCGACGAUGCCAGAUUCGAAACGUUGGUAGUGAAGCAAACGAAGCAAACCGUCUUGGACGAAGCCCGUCAACGGGCGAACGACACGUUAGAACCGGAAAUAGAUGACGCGCCCGCCGAUAAACCGGAAGACCAACAAAACGGUAGCGAUGAAGACGGCGGACUGACCGAGGAAGAGCUGGUUCUGGCCAACGCCAUAGCAGAAGGCCCCGAAGCCGAGCAGGCCGUCCAAAAGGCCGCUUUGAUUCUACGCCUGCGCGACGGCAUGAACUCCCUGUCGCGCGUCCUCAAAGCCGUGGAAAAGUACCAGGGCGGCGUGUUGCACCUGGAGACGCGCCCGAAUCGGCGCGACGACGCCCAGCUCGACGCCCUCGUCAAGAUCCAAAUGUCGCGCGUCAAUCUGCUGCAGCUGCUCAAAGGUCUCCGACAGUCGGGCACGCUCGAGCACGUCACGCUCAUCGGCGACGACAACAUCUCCGCCAAACACCCGUGGUUCCCUAGACACGCCAGCGAAUUGGACAGUUGCAAUCAUCUGAUGACCAAAUACGAACCCGAUCUGGACAUGAACCAUCCGGGAUUCUCCGACAAGGAGUACAGGGCGAGGAGGAAGGAAAUCGCCGAGAUCGCAUUCGCUUACAAAUACGGUGAACCGGUACCUCACAUCGAAUACACCGAAACCGAGAACAAGACCUGGAACGCCGUCUUCACCACGGUGUGCGAUCUGAUGCCGAAGCACGCCUGCGCCGAAUACCGCAAGGUGUUCAAGAUCCUGCAGGACGAGGGUAUCUUCAACCAGCACCGGGUGCCCCAGUUGGAGGAGAUGUCCAAGUUCAUGCAGAGGUGCACGGGUUUCACGUUGCGACCGGCGGCCGGUCUGCUCACCGCCAGGGAUUUUCUCGCCUCGCUCGCCUUCAGGAUUUUCCAGAGCACCCAGUACGUGAGGCACACCAAGACGCCGUUCCACACUCCUGAACCAGAUUGCAUCCACGAGAUCCUGGGACACAUGCCGCUGCUGGCCGAUCCGAGUUUCGCUCAAUUUUCGCAGGAAAUCGGCCUCGCCUCGCUCGGCGCCUCCGACGAGGAAAUCGAGAAACUCUCCACGAUCUACUGGUUCACGGUGGAGUUCGGCCUGUGCAAGGAGAACGGCGAAACCCGAGCCUACGGCGCCGGCCUGUUGAGCGCCUACGGCGAACUCCUGCACGCGCUCUCCGACAAACCGGAGCACCGGCCCUUCGAUCCGGCCAAGACGGCGCUGCAGCCCUACCAGGACCAGGACUACCAGCCCGUCUACUACGUGGCCGAGAGCAUCGAGGACAUGAAGGACAAGUUCAGGAGAUGGGUGUCGCAGAUGUCGCGGCCGUUCGAGGUGCGCUUCAAUCCGCACACCGGUCGCGUGGAGAUCUUGGAUACGGUGGAUAAGCUGGAGAACCUGGCGCACCAGCUCAACACGGAGAUCCUCCAUCUGGCGAACGCCAUCAACAAAAUGAAGGCGCCUUCUUUGUAAGAUUCCCGGGUUUUGCUAUCGAUCGGUUGUUUGUUGGGGGAUUUACACGUAAUAAUUCCUAUUGUGCAAUGCAAAACGAAACCUUCUUUGGUAUGUCUAACGAUGAGUUCCUUGUUAUAUUUCCUUCCUAGUUUAUUUUACGCGCCCAGUUUUUGGUGGAAAACUCGGAUUGUAAAUGUGAAUUCGUCCAAAACAAAAGUUAAAAUUAUUUUUCUAUUUAUUAAAACGUAUUUUCGGAUGUGUGUGUAUAUGUUUCUUACAAUCCGAGUUUUCGAUGGAAUUUCCCUUAGAGAACCGAUCGAGUAUAGUAGUUUUUUAAGUAAAUUUUCUUCACAUCAGAGCUAAUAUAAUAAAUAUAUACGCCCAAGCAAUCAACGAAAUAUAUCCAAAAUGUAUAAAGUCGUUUUACGUGUAAAAUAUUAUUAACGAGGUGUACCAACUCGAAAAAAAAAAUCCCCCAGAUUUGUUUUCCAGUUGGUGGAUUUCGAUUGCAAACUAUAUAGUAUUAGUAGUGAGUGUAGCUUUGUGAUUCCCCGCAAUCAAACGCACCACAUUUAUCUGCGAUAAAAUUUAUUAUAUGUUAUUAUUUUUUUUUUGUUGUCUAGGGUAGAAGUUCUGUACUUUAUUUUGUGUAUCGUGUCCCGCAAUUUAUUUUAUUUAAUUUAAAUUAAUUUAAUUUAACGCACCCGCACGAGAAAUAUUAAUUGUAUAAAUUAGAGAUAUACCUGUAUUAAAAUAAAACCGUGC